CAAGCUAGGAAUAAGUCAGCCAGCCAGCCAGCCAGCUCCCUCACGCGAAGCGAAUGCAGGUGAUAUCGACUCGGGCGUCUUCACGAGCUGCUUGCUGCUACCAGCGGCGACCACCACCAACCAACCAACCAACCAACACCGCUGCUACUCACCACCACCCUCCCUCGGGCUCUCUCCUCGUUAGCCACCCCUACCCGCGAUCGCGAUGCACACACACACACACGCACACGCAUUCGCAUUCCUCCUGCGUAGAGAGACCGCACGGUAGAUGAUAUUGCCUCAGGGCAAAGUUUUGCGCGCAAGGCUCUGGAAUGCUACCUAGUCUCUCUCUCUCCCCUCCCCCCCCUUUUUUCUCUGUCUCUUUUUUCUUUCGCUCUGCCCUCCCUCCCCUCACCCGGAAGGUCUGGAGUCCUCCUCCUGAACGGUAGCAUCGACCAAUAUGUUAUAUGUAUGUGCUCGUACAUGUACAUAUCGUACCUACAUGCCUCUAUGUAUGUACACUCAUUCCCGUGCAUCCAACAGCUACAUACAUAUACGCACAUCGAAACAUAGAACAUAGAGGCAUACAUAUAUACCUGCCUACAUGUAUGUGUUUAUACCCACAUGCGUACAUACAUUGGGGAGGGAGGGUACGUAAGAGGCAAGCUUCGCCUUUUCCUAAUCUGAACGAUCAUAUGUAUGCACAUGUAUAUAUAUGCCAUCCCGUGGCCAUGCCAUGCCGUUCCAAUGUCCGCCCAUACGCAUUAGUAAGGUCCAACCAACCUUGUCGAUCUUGACAGAUGCCCAGAGUUGGACAGAAAGAAAAGAAAGAAAGAAAAAGAGAGACGAUCCAAGGUUCAGUGCUACGUAAGGGGGGGUUUUGUACCGAAAGGGAAAAAUGAAGCCGGCAGAUCGCGCUACGAAGAUGGGCUACGAAUCGAUUUGCGGUUUAGGUCCAAAAUGCCAUCGUUUCCCGUUGCCACAUACAUACAUAUGUAGGGGACAACGGUCGAGCUAGCCUCGUUUCGGUUCGUUCAUUCGCCCGUCCCUCCGUAGAACAGGAACUGAGGUGGGUUGGGGACGGAGGAGGGGGGUUAGGG